CUACGUUUUCUUUAUUUAUUGGAAUGGAARWUUYUUCRUCUCAAGUUCCUUUGCCACCUUCGGUGGAGGAGUUGAUAAGGAAGAUAUGUAUACAGAAAUGUAUAGCACCACCGRAWGUUUAUGCCCGCCGGUUGCUUGCGACGGUCACCGAAGCAUCGGCGAUAGGAAUUUUGAAUAAAAUUGCUGCUUCGAGUAACAUCCGUACGUUUUCGGGCUUCAUUGUUCACAUGGUAAAGGCGGAUACAAUGGCGGCUUCUUCUUCCUCUGACCAAGUUUUUSGUUCACCACAGAGGCGAUCGCCUCCCUCUUCUUUUACUGCUGGAGGUCCUCAAAAAAGGGCAUGCUAUUUUUCUCCAAAUGUACGCUCACCCGGUUCUAGUUACAAGUCUAGAACCAUUCCUGAGUACUUCCCUAGAUCUCCAAAUGAUGGUUAUGGUUCUUUGGUUACCAAGCAAAUUAUAACAUUUUCAUCGUCAGGUUUCAAGGACGCCAAUCCURACACCACCACUUGUCACUUGACUGAACCUUCGGCCUUUACUCAUCGUGUUUCUUCGGUUCAAAAACAGCUUACAUUCUCACCUUGCUCUAAUUUGAAGGAUGCAAAUCCUGGAAACAUUUCACAGCAAUUUUCUGACCCUCAAAAUGGCAACAAUCAUGUUUCUCCGGUACAAAGACAGCUUAUAUUCUCACCGGACUGUAGUUUGGAUGCUGCAAAUGCGAGUAAAGAAAGACAACACUUUUUUGACUCUCCAAAUGCCAGCCAUCCUUUUUCUGCGGUCCAGAAGCAACCUACUCUAUCAUGGUGUUCUAGUUUAAAGGGUGCAAGUCCUAGAAACAUAGCAAAGCACUUUUCUGAUUCUUCAAGUGCCACCCACMAUGGUUCUGUAAUUCUAGAGAAACCUACUUUAUCACCUUGUGAGAGUUUUGGAGCUGCCACUCAUAGAAAUCUUGCACUGGGGUUUGAUUCUAUGACUACAAACCAUUCAGAAGGUACAGGCAAUUUUGCUAUUAGUCAACAGUCACUGCUCCUUGCUGAACUCGAAUACAGGAAGAUGUUCAUGGUAUAUAGUUAUGUUGGGAGGAAAAGGCUUGAAGAUGUGGUCUCUGUUGAAGAUGCCAUUGAAAUAAAAUCCAUGAAAAGCGUGUCAAUGGUGGAUUUUGAGGCUAAAAUCUGGGCCAAGUAUGGUCGGCAAUUUUGUGAACCCUCUGAUAGGGCAAUGCAUUUUGACUGGGAUUCUGGAAAGACUUAUCUUUAUCAUUGUUAUGUGUGCGCUGAUGGAAAUUACCAGUUUAAGCCAUACCUUCAAUAUCGUUUGUCUGUCUUAGCAAAGGAAGAGCGGAAGGGGCUUCGUAGUGGAAAGAUUCCGGUCAAUGAAAGCUUCUAUCUAAUCGGAACAGCUGAUCCUACAGGAACCUUGAACAGUCAUGAAGUUUGCAUUAUUCUUGAAAAUGGCCAGAUAUCAGGAAAGGUUCUAGUGUACAGGAAUCCAGGCCUUCAUUUUGGGGACAUACACAUCCUAACUGCAAAAUAUGUAGAGGAAUUGGAAGGGUUUGUUGGAAAUGCUAAAUAUGGAAUUUUUUUCUCCACCAAGGGCAGGAGAUCGGUGGCAAACGAAAUUGCAAAUGGUGAUUUCGAUGGAGAUCUGUAUUGGGUAUCUAGAAGCCCACAGCUGUUGAAUUACUUCAAAGCAAGUGAGCCGUGGGAAAGGAUUCACUCAACACCAAGUGCGCCUAACAAGAAACCUAGUGAGCUCUCGUACGAGGAGUUGGAGAAUGAGCUUUUUACUCAACUUUUUGCUACACAAAAGCAGGGUAUGGUAGCUGGUAWAGCAGCUGAUASCUGGCAAACAUUUAUGGAUCWCUAUCUGACCUUGGGAGAAAAUURUGCUGAUGAGAAGCAUSGGAUUAAAGAAAAACUGUUGAAGUUGGUUGACUUGUACUACGAUGCUCUUGAUGCACCCAAGAGUGGGAAAAAGGUUGAAAUUCCUAAAUGUUUAUUGCUAAAAAAAUAUCCCCAUUUUCUGGAAAAGAAACAUGAGAAGUCAUAUGAUUCGACUUCUGUUCUAGGAAAAAUCUAUGAUGCCGCAAUAGAGUAUCCAUCUUGUAAUGCUGUAAAACAAGACAUAUGGAAACUGCCCGUCUUCAAUGUCAAGAUACCAGAGGCCUUAAAUUUGUGGAACAACAGGUACAUGUCGUACAAGCAAGAAAUGUGCAAUGCCAUGAAUGCUGGAGAUGAAUCAAAAACCAACUCUGCAAACACUGUGAUUAAAAAGUAUAAGCAGAUGUGCCAUGAGGCUGAAGAUUUUGCUGCAGGUACGAGGAAGUUUGAGGAUAUUCAUAAUGGACCACCCUCAAGGUUCAUUUACAAUCUAUUAGAACUCGUGGAGAAGCCAAAUACGUAG